AGGAAGUGACGCCGGGCAAGGUGGGUGAGUUGGGGGCGAGAGCGAUGGACAACUCGGCGAAGGAACGGGAGGCGGUCAGCCUGGUGGCCGAGGCGGAGAAGAAGGUGCGCUCGGCGCGCUCCUUCAUGGCCACGCUGUUCGGGGGGUCGUCGAAAUUGGAAGAAGCAUGCGAAAUGUAUUGCAGAGCUGCUAACAUGUUCAAGAUGGCUAAGAACUGGAGCGCUGCAGGCAAUGCCUUCUGUGAAGCUGCUAAACUCCACCUACACUUGCAGAGCAAACAUGAUGCUGCAACAAACUUCGUGGAUGCUGGAAAUGCCUUUAAGAAAGCUGACCCUCAAGAAGCCAUUAAUUGUUUGAACAGAGCUAUCGAGAUUUACACAGAUAUGGGUCGGUUUACAAUUGCAGCAAAGCAUCAUAUAUCAAUAGCAGAAAUUUACGAGAGCGAGCUGGUGGACAUCGAGAAAGCAAUCGCACACUAUGAACAAGCAGCGGACUACUACAAGGGUGAAGAAUCGAACAGCUCUGCGAAUAAGUGUUUGCUGAAAGUCGCCACAUAUGCCGCGCAGCUGGAGCAGUAUCCCAAAGCCAUCGAGAUAUAUGAGCAGGUAGGCACGAAUGCCAUGGACAGCCCACUACUCAAGUACAGUGCAAAAGAAUACUUCUUCAAAGCAGCGCUCUGCCAUUUCUGUGUCGACAUGCUAAAUGCCAAGCUGGCAGUAACCAAGUAUGAGGAGAUGUUCCCAGCCUUCUCAGAUUCCAGAGAGUAUAAACUAGUCAAGAAACUCCUGGAUGCUUUUGAAGACCAGAAUGUUGACGGCUACACCGAUGCAGUGAAGGAAUACGAUUCCAUCUCCCGGCUGGACCAGUGGCUGACGACAAUGUUGCUGCGGAUCAAGAAGGCCAUUCAGGCAGAGGAGAGUGACCUGCGCUAAGGCAGACACGUCGAUGUAUCACUAACAAUCUCUGGUCAAACUUCUCCAGCUUUGGGCGAGUGGGGGAGGGAGGGAAACUGGUGGUUUUUGAUUUUAAAAAAACACAAAACUUUGCAAAUUAAACAAUGAAGAAGCAUUCCAGAAAUGGAAAUGUUUGAACGUUUCUCGCAUUUAUGAUAAAUCUUCUGCUUGCGGAUUGAGCUGUAAUUUUUGAUGCAUUCCCUUGAACCUUAAAUUUUUCCCAACAAUUUUU